AUGGCGUCGUGGCAGCAAGUCUCCGAGGCCAAGCGAGCGCAGCGGGAGGCGCUCAUUCCUGAUGCGUACAAGGUUGCAGCUUCUUGGUUGCCCGCCAUCAGCACCGAUUCUGUUGUAGAUUUUCCUCGUACCGCAGGUAUACUUACAGAGCGCGAGAUUGAGAUUACAGAGACCGACGAUGUUUCUGCUCUAUUGGCAAAGCUUGCUAGUAGCGAAUACACAGCCGUCGAGGUGCUGGAAGCUUUCAUCAAAAGGACGUGUAUCGCGCACCAGCUGGUCAACCCCGUAACUGAGAUCCACUUCGAAGACGCUAGGAAGCUGGCAGCAGAGCUCGAUACGGAGCUCAAAGCAACAGGCAAAGUGCGUGGCCCACUGCACGGUCUGCCGAUAAGCGUCAAGGAUCAAUUCCAGAUCAAGGGGUCGGACUCGACCAUCGGCUACAUUAGCUAUGCCAACAAGCCUUCCACGUCGGACUCUGUGCUCGUCCAGAUCCUCAAGAAAGCGGGAGCCGUGCCAUUCGUCAAGACCAAUCUGCCUCAGACGAUCAUGUACUCGGAAACGUCGAAUAGUCUUUGGGGCACAACGCUGAACCCGCACAAUCGGACGUUGCAUCCGGGCGGAUCCUCAGGUGGGGAGGGAGCAUUGGUGGCUAUCAAAGGGUCGCCCUUGGGGGUAGGUACAGAUGUAGGUGGGUCAGUAAGGAUUCCUGCGGCGCUAUGUGGCGUGUUCGGACUUCGACCAUGCUCUCACAGAUUUCCGUACGAGGGGGUUGUCAACACGCUGCUUGGCCAAAUCACGAUUCCGUCGGUGAUAGGUCCGCUCAGUCGAUCACUAUCGGGUGUCAUCGAGUUUUCAAAGGCAGUGCUAGCUCAGCAGCCCUGGCUGUUGGAUCCUCAGACGCCGUCAAUGCCGUGGAACGAGGAGAGGUUCCAGCAGGCACGUACACAAAAGAAGCUCAACAUUGGAGUCAUGUGGCACGACGGGCACAUCAAGCCUAUGCCUCCUUACGAGCGGGCUAUCAAAGAAUUGCUCAGUAGUCUUGGAGACCACGAUGCAAUUGACUUUGAGCCAUACAAGACCCAAGAAGCAAUGAAGAUUCUGGUCGAGGCGUUCUGCGCAGACGGAGGCAAGGAUAUCUCGGAAUCCAUCGCACCACUCAACGAACCGCUAGGACCAUGCCUGUCAGGCAUCGGUCAGACCGAGUACUCUGCUUUUGAAGUGUGGCAAGCGAACCGGCGCAAACUCGCAUUCCAGAAAGAAUAUCUCGAUCAUUGGAACGCAACCUCGAAGCAAACAAAGGACGGUCGUCCCAUCGAUCUGCUCAUAGUACCGGGAAUGGCGUACACGGCUAUCGCGCCAGGCAACGACAUCUAUGUAGCUUACACCGGUAUCUUCAACCUGGUUGAUUAUCCGGCAGUGGUUUUGCCGAUCACAAAGGUCGAUCCCGCCAUAGACGGGAAGCUCACGAGAGGCGGCGAAUUCCUUUCUGACGAUGACGAGAGAUGGAGCCAGAAAUGGGAUGCUGAAAAGCUAGUAAAUGCUCCUGUGAGCGUUCAGGUCGUUGGUAGGAGGUACGAGGAGGAAGCUGUGCUUGGGUACGCUGAGCAGCUGUGGGCAACCUUCACGGCUGCGUCUACCAAGGGUCAGUAA